CUCAGGUAUCACAAACAAUGGUUGAACCAUAGCCAUAAAACUCUUAAACCCUUCGCGCUCAACGAAUCGAAAUGACAGCUGAUCCAAUAUUAUCAUCAUAGCUAAUGCAGUCCUAGCUUCUGUAAGAUCAAACUUCCACGAGGUAAGAGUGCCUACCUGACCACCAUCCUCCUCGUACCCUUUAUUUGCCUCAAUAACUUCAUUCCUCCCUGCCACACCACUAGACUCUGUGGCAGCAUCACCUGACGUUGCACCUACAGGGGUCGAGACAAGUGGUGCAUCUAAUGCACGUACUGGUGCAGAUGGAUGGUCCAUAGUUGUAACACCCAUGGAAGGUUUACUUGUUGAAGCAGCAACUUUGGAAGACCGACCACCUGCUCUACCUCCAAAACGACCACGUCCUCGGCGAGGAGGUCUUGUCCUGAACAAUUGAACAGAGGAGAUAAGUACACAAUCGAAAUCCUCCCCAUCAUCUUCUCAAUUAACAGAGGAGAUAAAAGUACAGAACACAAGCUCACAUUUUUACUGAUUUUCAGGUUAGGACUGCUAUUGGUUGCCUGCUGCUCGGUGCUGCUUUGGGAGGGAGGACGUGAAUGGCGGAGACGAAGGAAUGGGAUUGGGUCGUCGUUGGUGUCUCGACUGUUGCGAAAGCCGCAGUCGAUCUGCUGCUUCCUGGGGCUGGGAUGGAGGAAGUGAGCGGCGGAGAGGCGGAGACGACGAUGAGGAGGAAGGAAAGCGUUCUGGUGGGUGAGGCGGAGAGUGUGAGAGGACUGAGGAGGAAGGAAGGGUUUUGGUGGGUGAGGUGAGCGGCGGAGAGUGGAAAAGGAGGUCGAGUCUCGGCCUCUCUCGAGGAUAUUAGGGAUUUGCCGAGGCCUGAGUUUCUCUUUUGGGGCUCGUCGUUUUGGCCUGUGGCAAUCGGUAUCUCUCGGUUAUUCGGUAGCCGUCGGUGACUAACUAACCGGCAGACAUUAGCAAAACCGGCAACCGUUAUUCAGCGACGGAGAACCGUCCGACAAGGUGAUAAACGGUUUUUGUCCAUAUCACAUUUGGCUGUGGACUGAAGCAAACCAUUAAUCAUUCAUGAAUCGAUUCCUUGCAAAAUUUGCAGUAUGUUCUGAAGAUUGGGGAAGGCAUUGUGGAGAUCUGCAUUAGUGGGUUCAUGGCAUCCCAUCUCCUCGAGGUCCUUUGUGGUAAGUAACGCUUAAAUGUUCUUGAGUGCAUUGCUCCUACUGCCUUUGUGAAAUCAAGCUGUUUUCUUGUUUUUUUUCUAGUUCUGUUUGCUGCUGAGAUAUGAUUCUGUCGCUCCGGUAUCUGAAUGUUUCUUAAGAAGAUGAGUGACAGCAUUGUCACUGUAGAUUCAUUGCAUCAUGAAUGAUGGGUUAAGGCUGUCAAUAGUUGGAAUGGAGCAGAGACAACUAGAAAUGCUUGUGGAGUUGCUAAUCUGUGUCAACUAAUGACGUUGGUUAGCUUACCAUCCAUGGUGUUCCUGAAUUGAGGAUAUGUUCGAGUGCAUUAAGGCUACUUCCUUUUUGAAACCAAGUGCUCUCUUUUUUUAUUACUGUGUGGCUGAUUGUGUCUUAAGAUGCUUGGUGAACAGGGACAUUGCCACUGGCACUGCUGAUUGAUUGCAGCAUGAAUAGUGGGUUGAGUUGUGUGCCAGUAAUUGGAAUAGACUAGAGACAAAAUAUGAUUCUGUGUCGAUUAAUGAUGCUGGUUAACUGCUACUAGCAUGUAUGUUUCUUGUUGGCCCAAGAAUAUGGAUAAAGUUUGGUCAUUUUCCUUGCUGGACGAAACUCAGAGCUUCUAAUUACCUCUAGAUCGUAGGUUUGGGGACCGGCUGUUCUAUAGCGUUCCGGCAUUUGAGAAUCACAAGGCUUAUGAAUUGUGUAGUUUUAUGCACACUCAUGAGUAUAGGAUUUGGAACUUGGAAGAACUCAUAGGAAAGGAAUUGCAGCAUGAAUGAAGGAAGCUUGAGCCAAGACCAGCUCCUCUGAAAUGAACCAAAGGGGACAUCUUUGUGUAGCAUAUUUGCUGUUGCGCUACCUGUGAUCCAUUACGACGAACCCCGGAGUCCCUGAACUGCAAUAUUGGUGGCGAGACUUGCAAAGAAGAGACCCAACUCAAGCAAAAGAACAGCGGUUCACAAACUCGGGAGCUAAACAGCGAUGAGCAUCAGAAACGGUGGAAGCGGGAACGAUUACGGUGCUAAUUGUACAAUAGUUAGUCGUCCUAAUCAAUGGAAAAACUACUACUAGUUUGAAUUAGUAGUGAUUUAGCUUAGAUGUUGUAUUGAUUUUAUAAUAAUCCGUAGUGAUUUUUACUAGUUAUCACGGUGCUAACCCCUAUAAAAGUUAUCCCAUCCCGGUGGAAGCCGGUCCCUGGAGAUGCCAGUGUGACAGUGUCUCCUUCGGCUUCGGCUGCAUUGACCGUCCGACUUUGCAGGCAUUAGCCCGGACAAGGCUGGGCUGGGCUUCAAUUGACGAGCAGUAGAUGAUGCAGCCUCUCGAUCGGGCUCCCAGUACCUUCCGUUAUACCUAAGUUUGGCUGGGCUGGGCUGGGCUGGGCUAGGUGGCGGGGAUAAGUGCUUAUGGCCCGUGGCCGAUCAUCAAGUUUUCAUAAUUAGAGCCCAAGCAAUCAAUAUGAAGUUCUUAUUCAAAAACGAAAAAAAAGUAUGAAGAUUUGGAAAUUUUUUAUGGAAUUUAAAUAUGAUUUUUAGUUAUGCGGAUCACUUUGUUUCGUGAAUUUUAUUAUCCAAUACUCAUAAGAUUCGUACAAUCAAUUUGUAAUUACGGUAUGAGUAACACAAACGGAUUAUAUUUUCAAAUUUCGUUGGAAUCUCGUUUGUGUUAUUUUACAUAUUCGCGUUUUACUUUUUUUUUACAAAUUGACCAAUUAAACAGUACUUCCAUCUAACCAUCUCUUUCUCCCAAACUUCAUUAGGUAAGCAAAAUCCAUCCUUCAUUAGUUCAGCGGGGCAAAAAACGAAGACAAUUUUCUAGUACGGUAAUUGUGAAUAGUCGAAACUGCGUCGACAUCUCAGACGACACCGGAAGCUGGAGCCAUCAAAGACCGUAACCGCCAUCGAGGCAGAACCCUAGACCAGAACGAGAGAGAAAGUAAUUCCAAUCUAAAAGAUUUUUAGUUAGAAAAAUGACGAAUCCUUGGAUUCUUUGAAUUUAUUUUUGCCUGGAAACCCCCUCAACCCAAACCAAUAAAAAUGUAUAUAAAAC